GGAGAACUUUUGGGUUUGGGUUGGUGUUUGUUUUUGUAGACUGCAUUCUGAACUCGGGAGGAAGGAUUCUUCGUGUGUAUUCAACAAAAUAACUGCUAGCUAGCUCGAAAAACGACUGCGUAAAUUCACAUUUAGCCAAGAUUUGAAAGUAGUUACACGCAUUUGGCUCCUUUUCAAAUUGGUAAAAUAACAUCAGGGUACAUAGCUAAUCAGUCGUCGUCUGGCUGGACCUUUGUGGAGCAAGGUGCUUCUGAAUAGCUAGCUAGCUAACGUUAGCUAAUAGGAUUCAAAAGAACAACUAGAAGCUAGGUUGCUGGCUAGCCAGAAAGCCGGGGGAAUCAGCACCACGGGGAGCCGGGGCCCGAGAGGGAGCCAUCCAGGCCCGCGGCUUGAUGUACCCUGCCUGCCUCGCCCCAGCAACCCACAAUGGGGGAGACCAAAGUCAUAUAUCACCUCGACGACCAGGAAACACCCUACCUGGUCAAAUUGGCAGUGCCCGCGGACAGGGUCACACUUGCGGACUUCAAAAAUGUUCUUAAGAAACCCAACUACAAGUUCUUCUUCAAAUCUAUGGAUGACGAUUUUGGGGUAGUGAAAGAAGAGAUAUCUGAUGACAAUGCCAAACUACCUUGUUUUAAUGGCCGUGUGGUAUCUUGGCUGGUGUCGGGGGACGGUGCUCACUCAGAUGGUGGCUCUGUGGUCCAGAGUUUGUCCGAGUUGCCGCCACCCCCCCUGGAGAGGACUGGGGGCAUCGGGGAGUCCAGACCCCCCUCUUAUCAGUCAGUUCUCUCUAGCGGAAAGGCCACAGGUGGACGAGACUCGUUGGACAACGAGACGGAGACGGGCUCGAUGGUGUCCCAGAGGAGAGCGAGGGAGCGACCGCGCCGGAAACACACGCGCGAGCACGGUGGGAGGAAUGGCUACUCGCGGGUGGGCCGAGGGGCGGAGCUGGGCCAAUACGACAGCUGCUCGUCCUUCAUGAGCAGCGAGCUGGAGUCCACCAGCUGUUUCGACUCUGAGGAUGACGACGCCACCAGCCGGUUCAGCAGUUCCACAGAACAGAGCUCCUCUCGCCUGAUGAGGCGACACCGCCGGCGCCGCCGGAAACCAAAAACAUCCAACAUGGAAAGGUCGUCAUCAUUCAGCAGCGUCACAGACUCCACCAUGUCACUGAACAUCAUCACUGUCACUCUGAACAUGGAGAAGUAUAACUUCCUGGGCAUCAGCAUCGUGGGGCAGAGCAAUGAGAGGGGCGAUGGGGGCAUCUACAUCGGCUCCAUCAUGAAGGGAGGGGCGGUGGCCGCAGACGGCCGCAUUGAGCCUGGAGACAUGCUACUGCAGGUGAACGACAUCAACUUUGAGAACAUGAACAACGACGACGCGGUUCGAGUGCUGAGGGACAUCGUACACAAGCCAGGCCCCAUCACUCUGACUGUGGCUAAGUGCUGGGACCCUAACCCUCGGAGCUGCUUUGCUCUGCCAAGAAGUGAGCCGAUCCGGCCCAUUGACCCUGCUGCCUGGGUGUCCCACACUGCGGCGAUGACAGGGGUGUACCCUGCUUAUGGCAUGAGCCCAUCGAUGAGCACGGUCACCUCCACCAGCUCCUCCAUCGGCAGCUCUGUCCCCGAGACCGAACGCUUCGACGAUUUCCACCUGUCCAUCCACAGUGACAUGUCAACUGUCGCCAAGGCCAUGGCUUCCCCGGAGUCGGGCCUGGAGGUGCGAGACAGGAUGUGGCUGAAGAUCACCAUCGCCAACGCCUUCAUAGGAUCAGAUGUGGUGGACUGGCUCUUUCAUCACAUGGAGGGAUUCUCGGACCGACGGGAGGCAAGGAAGUACGCCAGUAACCUGCUCAAGGCCGGCUACAUCCGCCACACCGUCAACAAGAUCACCUUCUCUGAGCAAUGCUACUACACCUUCGGAGACCUCUGUGGCAACAUGACCCACCUCUCUCUGCACGACCAUGAUGGCUCCAGCGGCGGGGCGUCGGACCAGGACACCCUGCCCCCUCUGCCCCACCCUGGGGCGGCCCCCUGGCCCAUGUCCCUGCCCUAUCAGUUUUCCAUCGCCCACCCCUACAACCCCCAGCCCCAACACGACCUGCCCCAGGGCUUCCCGGGAGUAGGGGCGGGCAGUGCCGGCAGCCAACACAGCGAAGGGAGCAGCGGCUCCAACUGCAGUAAGACCGAGGGCCGAGGCGGUGCCGGGGGCUCCAACAAGUCGGGUGGGAGUGGCAGCGAAUCAGAGAUCAGGAGCCAUCGGGUCCCCAGCGAGCGCUCUGUGGCCCCUAGUGAGCGCAGCAUCCGCAGUUCCUACAGCCAUCGAAGCGCACACUCGUCCCACUCACUGGCCUACAGCCCCGGCUUGGUCUACGGCCCCCCAGGCCUGCCUCCUAACCCCCCCCACCUGGCCACAGCUGCUCCAGGAGCCCCACCAGGCCGACAGCUGGCCAACGCUCCCCCAGAGCUCACCGGCUCCCGCCAGUCCCUGCGCAUGGCCGUAGGCAACCGCGGCGAGUUCUUUGUCGACGUCAUGUGACGCAGGUUAUGUCAUAGGCGCUCCACAUAAUGGUGGUUAGGGAUUUUUUUGUUUAGUGCUGAGGGGGACAGACAGGAGGAGGAAGUCUCUAGAAAAUCACAGUUGGGAUCAAUGUCAUUUCCUUUUGAAUUGCCAGAAUUGAAAUGGAAUUGAGCCCAACCCUGCUGGAAAUGUCCUCUUGCUCUUGUGCUCCUGAGGGUGUAUCUGAUUCGCUAUACUUUCUUCAGUGAAGAACCCCCCCACCCUCGCAGAUGGAAUCAAAGCGCCUUUUCUCAUUUUCCUCCCUGUGAGACGAGUUGUGCUUGGGUCGUAACAGGGAGGGAGGCCUGGGGAACAGCUGGGGAUGACUUGGCGCUUUUCUACGUGGAUGUUUUUCAUUUGUUCUUUUCUCUAGCUCCACGUCCUGUCCUCCCCAACCUUAGUCCGCCAGAGACUGUUUUUUUUUGUUGUUUUUUUUACUCCUCGCUCCAUACAUCCUUUCACCUAAAAUUUGAAAAUGAACACUAACCUUUGAACCUUACGUGUACUUUGUUUGUUUGUAUGACUAUGAAAAAGAAUGAAAAGUUAAAUAAUGUAGUGCAAAAGAAUUGAGGCCUUUUCUGUUCUUAUGUUUUUAUCAUAGCUGGUUGCCGAUACAUGUAGUUUCUUUUUCAACCCUUAACAUGAGCUUCCAGCUUAGACUGAUUUUAAAAGUACAUUUUCGUCUUAAGUUUUCUUACCAACUCUUUCACACUACUCCAGUGUUUCCCAAACUCGGUCCUGGGGACCCCAAGGGGUGCACAAUUAGCGUUUUGCCCUAGCAGUACACAGCUGAUUCAAAUAAUCAAUUUAUCAUCAAGCUUUGAUCAUUUGAAUCAGCUGUGUAGUGCUACGGCAGAAAGCAAAUUGUGCACCCCUUGGGGUCCCCAGGACCGAGUUUGGGAAACACUGCACUACUCUUGAGAAAAUGUAUUUUUAUUUAUAAAUAUAGUUUUAUGACUCUAAGUUGGUUGUGUUGUGUUGUGUUUUGUGUGUGCGCACACGCGCAAGAAACCUGGAGUUUUCCCGGUGGGCGUAGGGACAUUAUUUGCACAAGCAAGGAAUUUCAGUCUGAGAAGGAAUGUGAAGGCAAUAUGGCUUGCAGAUGUGUGCGUAGGCUUGACCUGACCAUGUCUACUAUUUUUUUUGUUUGUUCAAGCUUCCUUUGUACUGGGUGACCCGCUGCAUCAUCAAAAAAUUUCCAAAUGUAGAGGUCUAGAUUUGAGGACACUUUUUUUUUUUAUCAGGGGAAUAUGAUAUGGGAGCAUAACUUGAAGUAUUUUGAGAUGAACUUGGUAGGUCUGCAUCAUACAUGAAUCUGAUAUGGAAUUCCUACAUUGUGUAGGGAUACAAUUGAAUGUGCAGGAAACGAAAUACUUGUGUUGAUAUCCUGCUGCAGUAGGGCAAAAUAAAUGACCAAUGUGCUUAUCUUCAGGGUGCGGUUUACCCAUUCCCAGCUCAGUUUAACGCCCCCCCCCCAUAUCUUUAUUUUAUUAACAAACAGAGGCAUGCGUACAUACAAACUUUUUACAUUGCCAGGAUUCCUACAUAAACUAGCCUUGUUCCUUGUUUCGACCAUGACGUUUGUCAGUCGUGACAGUGGUCUAGGAACAUAUAGAGAAGGAGUUGUCCAUAAUAAUAAAUAAACUCCUCCCGAAGUGCGA